AUGGCUAGACCUGGUGCUUCAUGCAUUUGUGGAAUUCAGCAUCUAGAACGAAUUGGCAAGAAACUCAAUCUCUUUGACUCCCUUUAUUUCUGCAUUGUGACGUUUUCUACUGUGGGCUUUGGGGAUGUUACUCCUGAAACAUGGUCCUCCAAGCUUUUUGUUGUUGCUAUGAUCUGCGUUGCCCUGGUAGUACUCCCAAUACAGUUUGAACAGUUGGCCUAUUUAUGGAUGGAGAGACAAAAGUCAGGAGGAAACUAUAGUCGACACAGAGCUCAGACGGAGAAGCAUGUCGUCCUGUGUGUCAGCUCCUUGAAGAUUGACUUACUUAUGGAUUUUUUAAAUGAAUUCUAUGCACAUCCAAGACUACAGGAUUAUUAUGUGGUGAUUUUGUGUCCCACGGAGAUGGAUGUGCAAGUUCGGAGGGUGCUUCAGAUUCCAAUGUGGUCCCAGAGAGUGAUCUACCUUCAAGGCUCUGCCCUCAAAGAUCAGGAUCUCCUCAGAGCAAAGAUGGACAAUGCUGAGGCCUGUUUCAUUCUGAGCAGCCGCUGUGAAGUGGAUAGAACAUCAUCUGAUCAUCAAACAAUUUUGAGAGCAUGGGCUGUGAAAGAUUUUGCCCCAAAUUGUCCUCUGUAUGUUCAGAUAUUAAAACCAGAAAACAAAUUCCACAUCAAGUUUGCAGAUCAUGUUGUUUGUGAAGAAGAGUUUAAAUACGCCAUGUUAGCUUUAAACUGUAUAUGCCCAGCAACAUCUACACUCAUUACACUACUGGUUCAUACCUCUAGAGGGCAAGAAGGGCAGCAGUCUCCUGAACAGUGGCAGAAGACAUACGGGAGAUGCUCAGGAAAUGAAGUCUAUCACAUCGUUUUGGAAGAAAGUACAUUUUUUGCUGAAUAUGAAGGGAAGAGUUUUACCUAUGCUUCUUUCCAUGCACACAAAAAGUUUGGUGUCUGCUUGGUUGGUGUUAGGAGGGAGGAUAAUAAAAACAUUUUGCUGAAUCCAGGUCCUCGAUACAUUAUGAAUGCUUCCGACAUAUGUUUUUAUAUUAAUAUUACCAAAGAAGAAAAUUCAGCAUUUAAGAAUCAAGACCAACAGAGAAAAAGUAAUGUGUCAAGGUCAUUCUAUCAUGGGCCUUCCAGAUUGCCUGUCCACAGCAUCAUUGCCAGCAUGGGUACUGUGGCUAUAGACUUGCAAGACACAAGCUGUAGAGCAUCAAGUGGUCCUACCUUGGCUCUUCCUUCAGAGGGAGGCAAAGAAUUAAGAAGACCUAGCAUUGCUCCUGUUUUAGAGGUGGCAGAUACAUCAUCAAUUCAAACAUGUGAUCUCCUAAGUGACCAGUCUGAAGAUGAAACUACACCAGAUGAAGAAACAUCUUCAAAUUUGGAGUAUGCCAAAGGCUACCCACCUUAUUCUCCAUACAUAGGAAGCUCACCUACUUUCUGUCACCUCCUUCAAGAAAAAGUGCCCUUUUGCUGCUUAAGAUUAGACAAGAGUUGCCAGCAUAACUACUAUGAGGACGCAAAAGCCUAUGGAUUCAAAAAUAAACUAAUUAUAGUUGCAGCUGAAACAGCUGGAAAUGGAUUAUAUAAUUUUAUUGUACCUCUCAGGGCAUAUUAUAGACCAAAGAAAGAAUUAAAUCCCAUAGUUCUGCUAUUGGAUAACCCCCUAGAUGAUUUGCUCAGGUGUGGAGUGACCUUUGCUGCCAACAUGGUGGUUGUGGACAAAGAAAGCACCAUGAGUGCAGAGGAAGAUUACAUGGCAGAUGCCAAGACGAUUGUGAAUGUGCAGACUCUGUUCAGGUUGUUUUCAAGUCUCAGUAUUAUCACUGAGCUUACUCAUCCAGCAAAUAUGAGGUUCAUGCAGUUCAGAGCUAAGGAUUGUUACUCUCUUGCGCUUUCAAAACUGGAAAAGAAAGAAAGAGAACGAGGUUCUAACCUGGCCUUUAUGUUUCGACUGCCUUUUGCUGCGGGAAGAGUUUUCAGCAUCAGUAUGUUAGACACCCUUCUUUAUCAGAUAAUUUAUCUAGGUAAUCCAGGAGGCAGGCCUGUACCCGAGCUCCCCAAUAUGAAUAUACUUAUCGCUCGAAGAUAA